UUAAAUCUAGCGGCAACGCCGCAUGAAAGCUUCGCAAUGACAGAGAGGCAUAACCCAAAUAAAGAUGGUAGAUUAAAUGAAGGCCAGUGUUGAAGCGCCCGUUUCGCUCGUAUUUUAAUUUAAUAAAAAUGAUCGAAGAGCCCAUCGCUCCAAUUAAUGUUCGUUGCUGCAUCGGCGAAGCACUCGCGAUUAUCUAAAACGGAGUGCGCGCGUUCCAGGCGUCCCGCAAGUGGCGAAGACGAAAUCGACGCACCACAACAAUGGAGCUGGGCGAUCGUGUUUACGCCGCUGAAAAGAUUAUUCGGAAGCGAGUCAGACGGGGUGUCGUCGAGUAUUACGUGAAAUGGCAGGGCUGGAGCCCAAAAUAUAACACAUGGGAACCAGAGGAAAACAUUUUGGACAGCCGGUUGAUUGACUUGUAUGAAAAAACAUUGCCUAAAAGUGAUGCAGCCAAUAAGAGAGGGCCUAAGAAAAAGGAGAAAAUCCAACAGGCAGUUGCUGCUGAUGAUGAUGGCAGACAUAGUGGUGAUGAGAGCCAGGAUGAGAGUUCUGGCAAAAAGAAGGCUGACAUUACAGUAGAUGAUGAUGAUACAAGGGCAUCAAUUGAAUCCACUGAAAUAAUAAAGAGUAAAAUCACUACAGAAGAUCCAGAUGGGGAUAACUCAAGUAGUGAUAGCAGUGAGGACAGACCUAUUUCAGAACGCAUCAAAGAAUCGGCGGGUACAAAACGCAAAGCAGAGGUGCUGUCGAAAGAGUCCGGUAAAAUCGGCGUGACCAUCACGACGAGCAGUCCCACUAGUCCCAGUCCGCCACCGGCGAAAGUACAAAAGAGCAUAUCCACCGCCAGCAACAACACGCAUGGCCGCGCGACAAACGGCAGACAAGCAAGUGUCAAGAGCGGCGAGGAGGAAGCAUCUGCCAUUCCAUCAGCCGCCUCACCAGCCGUUCUUACGGCAACGACACCCAAAACAGCCAGCGCCGAUAAACGACCUAGUCCUGUUGAUCCAGCGCUACCGCAUACCUCUACGAAGGAGCCUGCAUCCCCUAAACCAGUCGCAUCACGCACGGAUGAGAAACGGCCACUACCGGCCGAGACCUCGGCUGGCGAUGCGCCGCGAAUUCCCAACGCUAACGCGAAACACAUCACCGUGAACGGACACAAUAACAAUGCCGAGGAAGUGCAUCCAGUGCUAACCAGUCCUGGUUCCGAGUACUGGCUCGCGCGGAAUCCUGUCGCCGAUCAGGUGUUUAUCACAGACGUUACGGUAAAUCUGAAAACGGUAACCAUUCGCGAGUGCAAAACGGAGAAGGGAUUUUUCAAAGAGAGAGACGAUAAUAGUCAUUCGAGAAAGCCUAGUGAUAUAGUCUGAACUAAUUUUACUCUAUUAUUCGUUGUCUUUUUUUCUGCCUUUGUGCGACUUACUGAACCAUAUUUUGAUUGUGAGUGAAUUAAGAUCAGAACAUUGUUGAUAAUGUUGACAGACUUUAUUGGACGCAUCAUUUUAUUCUAGUUUUUGUUCCGCUGUUUUUUUUUUUAAUUUAAAACGCUUAAUUUUAUUACUUUACUAAAAAUUAUGCAAAAAUCGACCAGUUUAUGAAACUUUCAUAAUUACGUUAGUGCACGUAUGUAUUUAUUUAAAAUUCUCGCACAGGGUACUGUUCUUUAAUGGUUAUGUUUUGUAAUUAGUAGCAACUUAUUAUUGUUCAUUGGCAACUAGCGCAAACUACUCGAAAUGCGACACAUCUACGCGAAUCACUCACGGGAAAAACAUGUAAAUAUUUUGUAUAUGAUUGAAGUUGAACGUAUAUUCAUUAUGUACCUAUAAGUUAUGCACGCGCGGAGUGAGUGGUGUAAAUUUCAAACAACUUAAAUUAUUUAAUCGAAAAAUUCAGCACACUCAAUUCAACAGUUUAUUGAAACUUUAAUUUAUUCGUUCUUUGUCGUGCAUUUACGCUUUACUUUUAUAUCAUGUAAAAUAGGUAGGAUUAUACGCAGUUGCUACCUGGGAGUCAAGUGGUGUUUCCAACCUGACUCAUUGAUGGCGUGCGUCUAAACUUAGGAAGUAAACAUGCCAUUUAGUAUUUUUUUUCUUAUCACUAAUUAUCAGUGUUUUGUUGGAGUUGUGGAGAUUUAUUUAUUGAUCCAUCUGGGUGUAAAUGCAGAAUUAAGCAGCAAACAGUUGAUUACGUAUUUAUCAAAUUUUUCUUCUUGUAAAAAUGACUAAAAGGCGUAAUUAUGAGGAAGAAUAAGGAAUGAAUCUGUGAUUAUAACAAGUAAUUAUAAAAAUUAAUGAAAAUCUAAAAUUAUGGAUCUGAUAAAUAGUUGAAGAGGACAGAACGAUCGCUGUAGUGUAACUUGAUCGAUAACACUUUACUCACGACGAACGAUUGGUCAUCUAACAUGUGAUUGUUUACUGCGAUUGCAAUCGAUGUAUGGAUUUGAUUGGUGCCAUCUCACAAACUCAUUGGAUGCACCAAACAAAUUCGCUGCAAAUGCAAUCACAGUAUACAACAUUCGAAUGGCCUGGGCAACAAACUAAAAUGAGGGAAUCGCGUACGGAUGAAAUAUAAUUGUAAAUAUUUACAAGCGGUAGUAAAUAAGGAUUAUGUUUAGUGCUGUUUUAGUUACAGACAUGUAAAAACUAACUAUCAAAUUACUUAGUAGAAUAGUGAACAAAUCAAUUUUGUUUAAAUAUAAAUGUUAAGUAGACGCUGAUGAUGAGGAAUACGAGACAUGAACAGAGAGAACUCUUUUAAUGAGAUGUUGCUAUAAAGAUGAAACAAUAUUUAAACAAUAUGUCCUCCCCAAGUUUAAUGUAAAUAUUGUACACAUCUACCGAAACUAUUACAUGCGGAAUCGGUUUAAAUGAUCAGGCAUGAGAUCAGUUUAGGCGCUAAACAUAUAGAACAAUAACACAUAAAUAAAGCUCCGUACAAUGGUUAAAACUCUACAAUAGCCGAAAGCAUGGAAUGGAUAUGUGAAACAUUCAAAAUUUGUACUUGUACACGUGGAACGUUUAAAUUAUCACAACAAAAAUGAUGAGUAAAUACAGAUUUAUUUUACAA